AUGCCUCCACGAACAAGGUCUUCUGUAGCUCGAGGUGUCAUUGAUAGUAGCAGUGGUGAGGAAACUUUUUCCGAUGAUGACUGUGAUAGUGAUUCUAUAGUAACAGAAAAAAACAAGAGGAAAAUAUCAAACCAAUCAAUUAGGAAGAAAGUUCGUGUCAUCAAUUCCCAAAAAGUGAUAUCAUCGGAAUCAUCAAACCAAGAUAGUUCACAAGGCGAUUCAACAAACAAUGUCUCGUGUAUUCAACAAAUUUAUGAGCAAAUGUUGAAGGAUUUUAAUGAAGAAAAUUUCAAUUCUCUUCCCCAAGCAAGACUGGAAGAGUAUGAGAAUAUUAAACAAAAAAUUGAAAAUAGUAUCAAAAAACAAAGAGGCCUAGUGAUUCAUUUAUUUGGAAGGGAAGGAUGUGGAAAAACUCACUUGAUGAAAUUUAUUAUCAAUCAAAUGAAAGGAAAUGGUAGUUUACUUGAAACUAUUCCAUUUUUGGAUUGUUCAACAAAUCAAAUUGAUUCAUUGAAAGAAUUAUGUAAGAUAUUGUACUUGUCAUUUAAUAAGAGAGAAUUAAAAUCAAUUACCCCAUCCAAGCUAUUUACAAAGUGCAAAAAGAUGAGAUUAAUAGUUUUGGAUUCGGCAGAUUGUUUAAUUACUGAAAAACCAAAAGUGAGGGAACAGUUGAAGAAAUGGGCUGAUUCUUUCAAUUGUAUAUUUAUUUGCAUUACAACUAAUCAGAUUGUGAGUCAUGAAAAUCUUUUAAUUUUCAGACCACUAUCAUCAACUGAUUUGACCAUAAUUUUGAAUGAGAAAUUGAAAACCUUUAUUGAGAGAACAGAAAAACCAAUGUUUGAUAGAAAUUUAAUUGGGAUUAUAUCAAAACACUUUGAAGAGUUUGACAUGAGGCACGUUCUGAAAUUGAUAAAGAAUGUAAUUUCUUUAUGUAUGCUUAAGAAUGCCAAUCAAGUCAAUAUUCCAUCAUUUUUCCAAAUUGCUGCCAGUGAUCUGGCCACAAGAAAUCCAGUAUCAAUUAUUAGCAGUCUUUCAUUUUCCCAACAUCGAUUAUUGGAAGUAUUGACUCGUAAACAAUCGAUUGUUCAAAAUAUUGAACAACAAAUCCAGUUUAACAAGCUGUUAGAGAGCUCUGAUAGUGAAGAUCUUGUAUUGAAACAUCGAGAAGACAUUUCAUCAUUGGUAUUUUACGAGACUGUUUCCCUGGAUCAUGUGAUACGAACAUUUAAUGACUAUAUGCAAGAUUUUACCAAUGAAAAUAUUCCCUAUGCUGAAGUUAAGGAAAUGUGCAGAGUGUUGGAUGAUUUGAAAUUGUUAAAAUUGGAUCAAAUGAAAAUGGAAGACACUGUUCAUUCUAAAGUAAUCAUUUCUAACAAUAUUAAGGCAGACUCUACAAUUGAUAUAGUGACAGUUCUCGUUUCUUUCGAAACUGUACAGGAGGGAAUUGCAAAAAAGAAGGAAAAGACUCAAUCUGAUACAUCACUCAAAUAG